AUGCCUGGCAACAUCCAAGUUUCGCUCUUGUUACUUGCAGUCUUUCUGCUGAGGCACCUGGCCAGCAGUUGUAGUUUCCCGAGCACCCUUCACAUGGAAGCCAAAGAUCCUCCUUGGUACAGCCACAUUAGGGCUGACGGAUCACGUGAUGUGGAAUAUUACAUAAGAAAUACUGUAAUGGAGAUUCACCACACACGAAGUGAGCGGCCGUCUGUGAGAUGGAAGUGUGCUUAUGAAUUUGAAGGCAAGUUGUUGCUGAAACGUCAGGAUCAAUUGGUCAACAGUUUCUAUCGAUGUGUCCGGUUUGUGUUUAGAAGUCCUUCCGUUGUGCAGAUUAUGUGGUCACACGAGUUGAAGAUUUUUGACCUCGGUUUGUGUGAUGAUAAGAAUCUUAUCACUGACCCUUGGCCUCUGAUUUGGUACGGGACAUUAGAGGAAGAUUACACCCCAUGUCCUUUUAGUGGAGGGUUCGAUAUGAAAAUUUCUGACUCCCAGCUCGGGGAAAACGGGUGCAACCUUAUGCUCCGACCCAUGAGGAUGGAAGCAGAAUGUUUGGGGGGAGAGGGGAUCAGUUUUAACUUCGUGUCCAGCAACUGUCUGCCGGACAUCAGGAUGUAUGUUAAACAACGGACAAUUUGUGUUGCUCACUGGAAGGACAACAGACACCUCUUCGUUGUCCUGCGUCGAAAUGAAGACACCGAUCUCUGGUGCCUCAUUAUGCCCAUUCACCGACGCCAGAACAUCACAGCCUACCUUUUCAGCGAUCUGACAUGCAGGUCGGACCUUGAUCAGUUCAGCUCCGUCAGGGAUCUGAAGUUCUUCGACUUGCAGCUCCACCGGCGUGAAUUUCCCACCCUGUGCGAGGAUGAAUACGACCAGUGCAGCAAGGUCACGUGCAAUACUUAUGUAAAACAGGAAUGUCAGAGGUCAUGUGGCAUGUGCGACCCUGUUUCACCCCGGAGCUCGUGCCAGUACCCAGAAAGUGUCAUGGGUGCUUGGUUUCUGCAAGAUUCAUCUGGAUUUAAAAAUAUCUACAUAAGAACGUCCAAUUUAUCCAUAGAUGGUGUGGGUAACUUCCUGUGUGUCACAUUUCCGAACAAUCCUAUACAAAAAUCUACAAUUUUCACAACAAUAUCCCUCUUUCAAAAUGGCUGUCGACCCAGGUACACAUGCAUCAAGCUUCAUCGAAUCGGGCCUUCUGUGUUGCAGUACAGUUUAAGCCAAAGCUAUGUUUGGCCAACGUUUGAGAACGACCUCGGGAAAUCCAUUUGCAGCGAAGAUAGAUUCCAUCCUGAUUCAUCACCCAUAGAUGAUAGGUAUCGAUCACAUCAAGGAACGGGUAAACCUAUCAUAUCCCAAAGACGAUAUCCCGAUGCCGUUCAUUGCAACCUCACAUUUGUCCACACAAUCAGUGCUACACUUCCACAAGGAUAUGUCUGUCCUGGAAGCUUCUACCAGCAUUGUGAAGACUCCAGUAAGGUUCGUCUGGAAUUCAACACAUGUGGAUCUUUAAUCCCAUCAUCCAGGGACUUCAGAUGUCUGGCUAGCUACGAAGGCCACUAUUGGGAAAGGAUUUUAAUUUUACAAAACAUACGCAACCGCACAGACGCGUUCUGCUUUGUCUAUAGCCAGUUCUAUCCGAUAGAAGCGUACGUGCUUGACGUGGGUAUGUGUGACCAAAAGAGUUUUAACUUCGCCCGAACAGGACUUCGUCAACCUCUGUUAAAACUAACGUUUAGAACUGAACAGGAGACGUGCAAGUCUGUGCCUCCAGACCCGACACUGCUGUUAACAGAGGUCACGGAAUAUGCAGGUGGAGAAUUCGAUUCCACUGGAGAUGAAGAUGGUCACGAUAAUGUCCACGCGAAUAACUCACAGGCUGAAUCAGACUCUGAGCACUCAGUAUCGGUUGUUUCGGGCUCACGUUUGGUCAAACUUGAACAUACGCCACAGAACGACCAUUUGAGCAGUUUCCGAGACUCGCUUGAAAUGGCUAACGCCAAAUCCACGUCACUUGAUCAUAGAGAUUCUUUUAGGGCCGAUGAUACACACAGCUCAAAGACAGAGACUUUAGCAUCUCCCUGGAUUCUGUUGUUAGUGAUAACUUCCGUGUUGUUUUGA